GGCCGCCAUGUCAACUUGCACCUCCUCCUGCGUCUGAGAAAAGAAAAGCGUCUCUGCCAUUCGCGUCGGAGGGACAAGAACCUCCACAUCCUUCCCUCUCCCCUGAUCUGUGGAUUUCGGCGUGUUGGGGGACAUGGAGGAAGAAAGAAUGGCUUCUGAGUUACAGAAAAAUAAGAUGCAGGACUCAGUGGUCUUUGAGGAUGUGGCUGUGGACUUUACCCAGGAGGAGUGGGCUUUGCUGGAUCUUGCUCAAAGGAACCUCUACAAAGAUGUGAUGCUGGAAAACUUCCGGAACCUGGCCUCACUGGGUAAGAAAUGGGAAAACGGGGAAUACCAUAGUGUUGAACAUCAGAACAAAAUCAAUGAGAGACAUUUGAGAAGUCAUAUGCUGGAGAAUGUGUAUGAAUGUAAUGAAGAAAAUCAACGUGGACAAACCUUUAGCCAAAUUUCAAAGGUUAAUAUGCUUGAGAGAACUACUGAAGUAAAAUCCUAUGAAUGCCAUGAGUGUGGAAAGGCCUUCAUGGAUCAUUCAUCCCUUAAGAAUCACAUCAAGUCUCAUACCGGAAGCAAACCCUAUCAGUGUAAAGAAUGUGGGAAGGCUUUUUAUUUUCUUGCUUGUUUUAAGAAGCAUUUGAAGACUCCCACUGAAGAGAAACCCUAUGAAUGUAAGGAAUGUGCCAAAGCCUUCAAUUGUUCCUCAUUCUUUAGGGCACAUAUGAAGAUUCACAUUGGAAGGACAAACUAUGAGUGUAAAGAAUGUGGGAAAACUUUUAGUUGUUCUUCAUCUCUCACAGAGCACAAAAGAAUUCAUAGUGGAGAUAAGCCUUAUGAAUGUAAGGAAUGUGGGAAGGCCUUUAGUUGUUCCUCCUCACUAUCCAAACACAAAAGAAUUCAUAGUGGAGAUAAGCCAUAUGAAUGUAAAGAAUGUGGAAAAGCCUUUAGUUCUUCCUCUCACCUUAUUAUACACAUAAGAAUUCACACUGGAGAGAAGCCUUAUGAAUGUAAAGAGUGUGGGAAAGCCUUCAGUGAGUCCUCAAAACUCACUGUACAUGUGAGAACACAUACUGGAGAGAAACCCUAUAAAUGUAAGGAAUGUGGGAAAGCCUAUAAUUGCCCCUCCUCCUUAAGUAUCCAUAUGAGAAAACACACUGGAGAGAAACCCUAUGAAUGUCUGGAAUGUGGAAAAGCCUUCUAUCUUCCUACUUCCCUUAAUACACAUGUGAAAAAUCAAAGUAGAGAGAAACCCUAUGAAUGUAAAGAAUGUGGGAAGGCCUUUAGUUGUCCCUCAUCCUUCAGAGCACAUGUGAGAGAUCACACUGGAAAGAUACAAUAUGAAUGUAAGGAGUGUGGGAAGGCCUUUAGUCGUUCCUCAUCCCUUACUGAACACUUAAGAACUCAUAGUGGAGAGAAGCCCUAUGAAUGUAAGGAAUGUGGAAAAGCCUUUAUUAGUUCCUCCCACCUUACAGUACAUAUAAGAACUCACACUGGAGAGAAACCUUAUGAAUGUAAGAAAUGUGGGAAAGCCUUUAUUUAUCCCUCAGCCCUUAGGAUACACAUGAGAACGCACACGGGGGAAAAACCCUAUGAAUGUAAGGAAUGUGGGAAAGCAUUUCGUCAUUCUUCAUACCUUACUGUACAUGCAAGAAUGCACACUGGAGAGAAACCCUUUGAAUGUCUGGAAUGUGGAAAAGCCUUCAGUUGUCCCUCAUCCUUUCGAAGACAUGUGAGAAGCCACACUGGAGAGAAACCAUAUGAAUGUAAGGAAUGUGGGAAAGCCUUUGUUUGUCCUGCCUACUUUCGAAGACAUGUAAAAACUCACUCUAGAGAAAACAUAUAGAGUAGUCCCCCCUUAUCUGCAGGGCAUACAUUUGAAGACCCCCAGUGGAUGCCUGAAACCAUGGAUACUGAACUCUGUAUGUACUGUUGUUUUCUAUACAGAUGCUCCUUGAUUUAAAACAGGGUUACUUUCCAAUAAACCCAUCAUAAGUUGAAAAUAUCAUAAGUUGAAAAUGCAAUUAUACAUCCUCCAAACUUCAUAGCCUAGCCUACCUUAAAUGUGUUCAGAACACUUACGUUAGCCCACAUUUGGGCAAAAUGAUCUGGCAACACAGUGCUCUGCAAAGUAUUGGUUGUUUACUCUCAUGAUUGAGUGGCUGACUGGGAGCUGUGGCUUGCUGCUGCCACCCAGCAUCAUGAGGGAGUAUUGUACAUGUGUAUGGCCUUCGAACUGUCAUAAAGUCAAAAAAAUCAUAAGUAGAACCACUGUAAGUUAGAGACUGUCUUUACACGCAUAACUAUGAUAAAGUUUAACUUGUAAAUUAACCACAGUAAGAAAUUAACAAUAACUUAUAACAAAAUAAAAUAAUUUUAACUAUAUGCCAGCCUCACAACUCCUGUGCUUUGAGGCCUUUAUUAAAUAAAACAAGAAUUACUUGAACACAAGCAGUCCAGUACUGUGACAGUUGAUCUGAUCACUAAGACGGCUACUAAAUGACUAAUGGGUGGAUAGUGUAUAGAGUGUGGAGAUGCUGGACAAUGAAAUGAUUCACAUCCUGAUCAGGACAGAAUGGGAUGACAAGAGAUUUCAUCAUGCUACUCAGAAUGGCAUGCAAUUUUAAAUACAUGAAUUGUUUAUUUCUGGAAUUUUUCAUUUAAUAUUUUUGGAUGGCACUUGACAGCAGAUAACAAACUGUGGAAAACAAAACUGUGGAUAAGGAGGGACUACUGCAUUUCUUUAGAGUAAUGAAUGGAAAUGAUGAAAAUGAACAUCUUUGCCUUGUUCCUGAACUUAGGAAAAAGUGUUCAA